CAUCAUUCCUCUUCCUUGACUUAAUAGUGAGCGGAUAAGCGCGUGCACUAAGUUGGAAACCAUCACCUUCUCAUCUUUUUCUUUACUUAUUUUUGUCUGAAAGAUGGACCAAAAAAAGAUUUUGAAAGAGUCCCUGAUGAAUCUUUCUAAGGAGAACUUCAAUGAGUUUCGCGACGCGCUCUGGAGCCGCAAGGAGAAGCCGCGCAUCCUUCGCGCGAAGGUGGAGGGGAAAAUCCCCCUGGAUGUCGCAGAUGUGAUGAUAACCACUUUCGGGGAGCAGAGAGCUCUGGAGGUGGCAGUGGAAAUCCUCAGAUACAUCAACUGCAACCAGGAUGCGGACGAACUCGCUAAAGAGGCAGGUGCAGCAGGACCAGCAGGACCAGGAGGACCAGCAGGACCAGCGGGUUUACCCAUGAAGCAUUUUGUGGACAAACACAGGACGGACUUGGUCCAGAGAGUGUCCAAUAUCGACCCCAUUUUGGAUGCGCUGUUGUCUGAAAAGGUCAUCCGCGAUGAGAUGUACACCAAAAUAAUAGCUCUGCCAACCUCUUACGAGAAGAUGAGGGAGCUCUACGUUGGUCCUCUCAGAAGCUCAGACGCCUGCAAAGACAUCUUCCUCAAAAUCCUCCGGGACCAGGAGCCAUUUCUUCUAGCUGACCUUGAAAGAAAUAGUUUGUGGUGAAAUCAAAAAAUAGAAAACAACCAAGAAAAUGUUUUGUUUGCAGUGGACUAUAGGAAAGUGUUUUUGUAAUCUGUAAUAUUUUAAACCUAAACUUGCUGGAAAUGGAAAGGUUGGAAAUCCCAGCCCUGAUCACUGAGCCUCAGAAAAACACCUCAUUUUAUAAAAGAAAAAUACGUAGUUUUUUAGAUUUUUUAUGAAUUACUGUUAUAAAUUGAUUCCGUAAUUAGACUAAAAAUUCCACUAAAAAUGUCAUAUUUCAUACCUGUUUGGUAUACAUUUUUUUAUUGAACAUUUAUUAAAUUAAGAGCCCAUAUAUAGAUAUAUUGAU